AUGGCUGUGGGUAAACUGCUCGCUCUGCUGGUUCUGCUCCAGUGCUCUGCAGCUUUGAUGGGAGCUGGAGUGAGGAGCUCCAUCAUUGGUGGGGGGGACGCCCCAAGAGGCAGGUGGCCCGGUUUGGUCUACCUUGACAUUGUCACAGACAGUGGAAAGAAAAAGUGGCACUGCAGUGGUUCAAUUCUCAAUCAGAAGUGGAUCCUGACUGCUGGGCGCUGCUGGGAUGAUGAAUUACGGACCAGGUGGGAUCGAACAGGAGUGUGGAUCGGCACAUAUGACCUGGACAUGCCAUCUGAACGUUACAUGAAUAUAGACCUUGUUGAUCGUCUACCUGAGUUCAGGGCUGCUGGCAAUGGCUUCAUCAAUGACAUCUCACUGAUAAAGUUAAAAAGCCGAAUAGAAUUCUCCAACACUGUUGCUCCAGUGAACUUACCCAACGAGGAUGAGACCUUCGAUUCUUCCUCUGAGUGUUGGAUCGCAGGCUGGUGGGGAAAAAUCAAUUCCCAGGGUGAGUACUCAAACACUCUACAGGAGAUGAAGGUUCGAAUUGUGUGUCAGACCAGAUGUGAAGCUGCGUUUCCAGGCCUGACUGAUAACAUGCUGUGUGUUGGCAGCCCUGCUGGAGGAAACUAUUCCUGCAACUGUGUCAAUUUUCAGCAUCCACCAGGAGACUACGGCAGCCCGCUCAUGUGCCGCACAGCCAGAGGCUUUGUGCAGGUGGGAAUCAUGAGCUUUCACAGUCCGGAUGAUUAUCGUAUCCCAGACCACUUUGGAAUCUACACUCAAGUCUCCAGUUAUAUGGACUACAUCACAACAUACACUUUUUUUGGCUAAUAUACCAAGAAGCAAGUAAAAAUAUCUGAACUAUAUCAACU